AUGUCAUCCGCUGUCACCCCCUCGGACUCCGCAUGUCACCCCUCCGACGCCUGUCAGUCCAGGUACUCCUCCGACGCCUGUCAGUCCAGGUACUCCUCCGGCCGCUCCCAAGCAGGUCUCCCACCGCCGCUUCCGCCUCUGGUCCGCUCCGAACCCCGCUUCCGCCCCUCGGUGCUCCCUGCUCCUUCGCGUGCUUUCCCCAUCACCGGUCCGUUCCCCGGUUCCGGCCAAUACCACCAUCGAUAUCGAACCGAUCGUGAUAUCUUCGGGUCCGCCGUCUCCAAUGAGUCGGUAGUGCCCCGUCGACCCACUCCUGAGCGCGUGCUUUCCCCGGUUCCGGCCAAUACCACCAUCGAUAUCGAACCGAUCGUGAUAUCUUCGGUCCAAUGCGCGUCGACCCCGAGCCGGAAGACCUCCACCCUACUCUGCCUCCUUCUGUCGGUGCUGCUCCCAACCACACCACUCCUCAACGUCUUGCGCACUCCUCGACCCGCCGAACGGGGACCUUCUGAGGUUCCGGAAGUAAUCCGUUCCGGCGCAAUCACUCCUUGCCCUGCAGCCAACGCUUCUCCGGCCGCGCCUACUCGCGCCAACCCCUUUCCCGCCUCUCGGUACUUUCACCUCCCUAACCCUAGGUACCCGACCGAUCCAAACGACCCCGCCCUUCGGGAGUUGUUUCCCAACGAGGACGACGGCGUAUUCGACGCUAUUCCUGCCGAUGCGGUCGAAGCCGCCCUUGUGGAUAUCCAGGGCCGGUUCGAGACGAUCCUCAGCGCUUCAGUGCUCCCUCCGUCCCUCCGCCGCUCCACCUACGCGGCUUUCCUCUCCAAAAUCCGCGAACUCCGCCGCCACCGACUCCAGGUAAUGGCCGUGUUCAACCCUAGCCUCGCCGCCUACCCUGAUGGAAAUGGUGACGGUCCUGCUCUCAACUCCGGCUCGUCCUAG